AUGAGGAAUAUCAAGACUGCAGACGGGCAGCAAGCAUUUUCACAAGAGGAGUGGCUGGCAAAGGUCCAGAUCAAAGGGUUUUUCUUCCACCUAGCCACUGUGCAGAGAAAGAGAAUGACGGGUGAGAGUUCCGCUGGGGCACAUCCUGAGGAUGAAGGAGACGAGGAGUUGCUUCAGGACGAGCUGGCGAGACUGGAGAAGAAGAAAUGGGAGGAACAAGUAGCAUUGAAGCAUCCCAUCCAAUAUGAAGACCAUGACAUUUGCAGUCUGUCUAAGGCAGGAGCAUUGAUGCAAUUUACUGUAAAAGAGCUUACGGCCGUAUGUGAUUAUUUUGAGUUGCUGUGCAAAUCUGGAGACAGAAAAUCCGCUUUAAUUGGUCACAUCAACAAUAUGGUGAAGGAAUGUGGCUGUUGA